AUGUCGUCAGGGGCCUUCGUCGACAGGAUAGAUCCCUUCGCCAAGCGAUCUCUCAAGAAGAAAUCCAAGAAGUCGCAGGGCUCCUCCCGCUAUCGCAACUCGCAGGAUGUUGAGCUUCAGCAGUUGCCUUUGCUUAAAGAUGUUAACGCUGCAGAGCAGGAGGAAUUAUUUAUCAAAAAAUUACGUCAAUGCUGCGUGGCAUUCGAUUUCAUGGAUCCAAUGGCUGAUCUCAAAGGCAAGGAAAUUAAACGAAGUACGCUCAAUGAAUUAGUCGAAUAUAUCACAGCAGGGCGAGGUGUCCUCACCGAGCCUAUUUAUCCGGAAACUAUCAAGAUGGUUUCUGCAAAUCUAUUCCGUACAUUGCCACCUAGCGAAAAUCCAGAUUUUGAUCCAGAAGAAGAUGAUCCAACCCUGGAGGCGAGUUGGCCUCAUCUUCAGUUGGUCUAUGAAGUCUUCCUUCGUUUUCUCGAAUCUUCAGAUUUCCAGCCUGCUAUUGGCAAAAAAGUUAUUGACCAAAAAUUCGUGUUACAGUUAUUGGACUUAUUUGAUUCGGAAGAUCCCAGAGAAAGAGAUUUCCUGAAAACCGUUUUGCAUCGUAUUUAUGGCAAGUUCCUGGGUCUUAGAGCCUUCAUACGCAAACAGAUUAACAACAUUUUUUUGAGGUUUGUGUACGAAACAGAACAUUUCAACGGGGUUGGUGAACUUCUUGAAAUUCUGGGUAGCAUUAUUAACGGAUUCGCUCUUCCUUUAAAAGUUGAGCACAAGCAAUUUUUGGUAAAGGUGUUGUUGCCACUACAUAAAGUGAAAUGUUUAUCGCUCUAUCAUGCGCAAUUAGCUUACUGUGUGGUACAAUUUUUGGAAAAAGACGCGACUUUAACAGAACCAGUUGUACGAGGCCUCCUUAAGUUCUGGCCUAAAACGUGCAGCCAGAAGGAGGUGAUGUUCCUUGGUGAAAUUGAAGAAAUAUUGGACGUUAUAGAACCUAAUCAAUUUGUUAAAAUACAAGAACCUUUAUUCAGGCAAGUCGCACGUUGCGUGUCUUCACCACAUUUCCAGGUUGCAGAGAGAGCAUUAUACUUUUGGAAUAACGAAUAUAUAAUGUCUCUAAUUGAAGAAAACAACCAAGUAAUAAUGAAGAUUAUGUUUCCAGCAUUGUACAAAAUUAGCAAGGAACAUUGGAAUCAGACGAUUAUAGCUCUUGUUUACAAUGUUUUAAAAACGUUUAUGGAGAUGAACAGCAAGCUCUUCGAUGAACUUACUGCCAACUAUAAGUUGGACAGGCAAAAAGAGAAAAGGAAAGAAAGAGAAAGGGAUGAGAUGUGGAAGAAACUGGCUGAAUUAGAACGACGCAAUACUCUCGACCGUAAUGCUCUCGCAGUUUCCUCCAAUAAUCCAGUUCCUGCCACUAACACAUCUAUGAUGCGAACUCGUCCUUGAAGUGGAAGUAUGGUAUCACGCUGCCCGAUUGUUAGUUCUUACAAUUAGUUUACUUCGAUUGUUCAUAUACACCGCGCGAAAAAUUCUUGUUAAUGAAACUAAGUAUCUCACGAAAACAUUCUUGACGUAAUCCAUUUUAUUAAUGUAAUUCAUUUUAUUAAUUGUGAAUGAAAUAUGUAGUAGAAUGAUGGAAGCAGAGAAAAGAAAUGAAAAAAAGAAAAAGAGUUUAUCACGCGACCUUAUUCUUCUUUAACAAAAAUAAUAACAAAAUAAAAUGUGGUGAUUAAUAAAUUCCAAAUGAUUUUAUGUAUACAUCAGAUAUAUUCAUACUUUGAUUUGUGUUUUAUUUAAAUGGCAAAAGAGAUUUCCACUAUAUGAUGUACUCGGUAUCAACACACAAAUAAUACGAAAAUGUCCCUUUUUGAGAUUUCGUUACUGCUCUCGAGGGGACAAUCACGGUGUAAAUUUCGAAAUGAACGAAGUACAUGUUGUUGUGAUCCUUAUGUUCAUGUCUGAAGGACGCAACACUUUGCACUCUCCCAGGCGACUAGUGUGUUGCCUUCUGACUGACCCUUGCUGCUUCUGAUAGAGCCAGCGAGUGUUUGAAUAUAUGUACCAUAUUCGUAUUAAUAAUAAUAAUGAUAAUUGUGACAGGUACGUAAUAAAAAUUAGAUAAAAAUGAAA